AUGGAGAGCCAAAUGAUAUCGAGGGAAUACAUAAAGCCAUCUUCUCCAACGCCGGCACACCUCAAAACCUACAAGCUGUCCAUGCUCGACCAGACAACCGUCUCAAACUUUGUCCCCAUCAUCCUCUUCUUCCCUCCUCGUCCCGACAACAACGUUGUUAAUCGUCACCAAACUUCCGACCAGCUCAAAUAUUCACUAUCCAUCAUUUUAACCCGUUUCUACCCUUUCGCCGGAAGAGCCAAUCAGGACAACUAUUCGAUCGAUUGCAGCGACGCCGGAGUUGACUUCGCUGUCUUUGAAUUCCCCGGCCACCGCCUUCUUGAUCUUCUGCGCAAUUCAAAUUCGAGCACCAAUUCACGGGCUCGCCUUUUUCCGGUGAAGUUCGCUUGGGAGAAUGAAAAAGAUCCUGAGUCUAGAGUCGUCUUCGUCCAAGUCAAUUAUUUUGAUUGCGGCGGCGUUGCCAUCGCCACUCUUAUUUGGCACCGGGCAGCCGAUCUUACGACGAUGGUGAAUUUCCUCAAGGCCUGGGCAGUCACCAAUAGGGGAUCCAAUCAAGAAGUCUGCCCUAAUUACAUUUCCCAGAUUCUAUUCCCACAUAAGGAGGAUCUUAUCGGCCAGCACUUUUCCACGGCGGGGUUUAUGCAGACAGGGAAAUGGGUGGCGCGUCGAUACGUGUUCGAUUCGAUCGCGAUUUCAUCUCUCAAGUCAAAAACAGGCCUGGAAAACCCUACCAGGGUGGAAGCUGUCUCAGCAUUUCUCUGGAAAUGUUUCAUGGAAGCAUCUUUAAAAAAUGGCAAAUCGGCUUCCGUUCUGCUCCAGCCUGUGAACAUGAGAAGGCGAGCCCGGCCGCCAUUCCGGUCAGAUUUCGCCGGAAACUGUACGGUCUCCACGACGGCGUCCAGCCGGAACGAGCGCGGGGAUGUGUACAAAAGCUUGGCAAGGAAAUUGCGGGAUCCCGUUGCGAGAAUCGACGGCGAUUUUGUUGCGAGGAUGCAAGGCGACGGGGGUUUCCAUGGCUACCAAGUUAAUAUGCAGUCGGUGGCGGCGGAUUUGUCCGGCGGGGCGGAUCCGCUGUUCUUGUCGAGCUGGUGCGGCUAUGGUGUAUACGACAUUGACUUUGGGUGGGAGAAGCCUGUCUGGGUGACAACUGGAGGCGAUUCGUCCAGGUCGGAAUACACAAAUGGUGUUCUGUUAUUGGACACCAGUGCUGGGGAUGGAAUUGAGGUGUCGAUAUGUCUUGGUGAGAAGUACAUGGCGGUCUUUGACGCCAUUGAAGAACUCCGGGACCUCGCUUGCAUCGAUCCAAGUCCGUUGGACAUCGCCACUUCAAUGAAGUAA